UAUAGGUUGAUAAAUCACAUUGUUAAUAUUAAUGAAAUAAUGCAAUAUUUAUUUUUGAACACCAAAAUGCCUUCUCAUGACUAAAAUGUUUUCACAUGAAUGUUUACUGUGAACUUCUAUUCAAUUUUUAUUUUUUUUACAAAGAUUAUUUCCCUUGAUCUUCUCACCUAAUUUCCAACAUGUUUCUUCCAGGAACUCUAACCAGGUGUCCUCUCACAACUGGGAGCCCAUCUUCAUUGCCCCACCAGCGGAACAUCAUGUCAGAGAUGGAGGAUUACUCUCCUCCGAGAGGCCACCCUCAUCCUGACCCGGCCCGCAUCCAGCAGAACCUCCUGGAGGAGCAGGUGGAGCUCUGGUGGUUCAGUGAGCCUCGCAAAUCCCUAUUAUGCUACUGUGCCUCGGUGGCCUUGAUCUUGGGCUGCGGCCUAGGAGGCGUCGGCCUGCUCUCCACCACCACCAGCUUGUCCAGCGAGUGGCGUUUGGGUGCGGGAACCGCUCUUUGUCUUCUCGCUCUGGCUGUCCUACUAAAGCAGCUGUUAAGUUCCGCCGUCCAAGACAUGAACUGCGUGAGAAGCAGACGACGGAUCAACAUGCUAAAGAGCGGAGGUUUGUCGGACAUCCUCAUUAUGUUGAUCACAGGAGCCUCUCUGCUUAUUUGUGGCGCUGUGCUACUGGAUAUGGCCUUGGCGUACCACAUGCCCAAACCUGGCAAGGCACUCAAUGACAUGUAUAUAUCCGGGGUGGUGAUGCUGGCUGGAGGGAGUUUUACAGUGUUUGCGGUUGGAAUUUACGCUGCAGUAGCUUUCUUCUUGGAGAGGACAGGGCCGGGACAGAGACGCUGGGAAAGGACAGUGCGAGUCUUCAGUAUUUCAGCACAGAUGCAGGGGAGACGAGAGACUGCAUCAAGUCUGGCUCGUCUCAUAUAACUGUGACUGCAAAAUAAAUACAGCAGAAGUCAAAAGUUUACUUACAUCUAGCAGAAUCUGCAAAAUAAGAGAGAUCAAAGAAAAUGCAAGUUAAUUUUGAUUAGAACUGACCUGAAUAAGAAAUUUCAUAUAAAAAAUGCUUACAAA